AUGGGGAUAGUGAGCAAGGCAGGGGAUUGGGCAUUCAAGGCCUUCACUGCGGGCCUGGGAAUCACCACCAUAUACCUCACCGCCACUUUCUCUGCAAAUGUCUACAAAGGCCUCGCUUGGCACAACGCUCAAUCGAAAAUCGAAAAAGAGCAGUCUGCUGAACAAGCCCCGUAG